GGUCGGUCUCCCAGUCUACACUCACCAUGCUUGCCCCUCCAACGAUAGCCAUCCCUUCUGACGACAUCGCCGACACUGGCCACGACGGCCCUGCGCCGUCGGGGCACAAGUUUCCCCACACCCGCGCACAGCUCUCUGCGAUUGCCCGGCAGUAUAAGACAGGCUUGGAAAGCAACGACGCCGACCCCGAUGCGGACGACCCGAGGGUCGACUCUGCGCUGGUGGGGAAGGUCACUGCGCUCUUGAAUAGCGAGCGAGAGGAUGAUCUCAAGCAGCUACUCAAGGAUACCUUUGGAUCUAUAGACGAGGAGGAGGUGAGUAAUGCACAUCAGUCUCAUCGGGCUGUAACGGCUGUCACGCCAUUGUGUCUCGAACAACACGUCCUCGAUCUCAUGCACAAGCACCGCGACGACGUCGACAACGUGCCAUUUCACUUCCUCACGCCGACUCGUCGCCCGAUCUCUCGCCCGUCCUCGCGCGCAUCAACCCACUCCGCGCGCCUUGUCCCGCGCCCCGACACACCGAACUCGGCACCCAGCUCUCCACUCGCGAUGAUUUUUCGUCGGCCGCACACGCCCCUUACGUCCCCGCUCGGCGUACACCAGCAAGCUACGUCCUACAUGACCGCACGCGGCGAGUCUCCCAGCACCUCGCCGCUCAUAACACACGCGCAAUUUACGGCGAGUCUCCCCGCGUCGCCGAUCAGCUCUCCGCGGUCCCUCAAUGCCAAGGCGUCCGAGUUCAAGCCCAUCCAGCGUCCCCUGUCUGCAGCGUCCUCAAAUCCCGGCUCGCUCGCCCAGCUCAGGGGCGACACGCCUUCGCCGGACCUGUGGGGUACGGUUCCUGGGAGGCCGACGUCGAAGCUCGCGAUCACGGCCCCACUCAUGCCCGAAAGCGCACUUUUUCCACGGGCGCUCACGCCGAGCUCGUCACUGCGGUCGUCGAUGCGUCCAGACGAGCAGAGCGACGAGGAGGAUCCGUUCGAUCCUUUCGCGGCCAGCAAUGUCCCGCGCUCGUUCCAUCCUGUUGGAAGCGAAUCAGACACGCAGUGGUCCACCCCGUCGCUCUCACCGGACGACCCGCGCAACGCAGCGCAGGCCGCGGGCGGGGAGCAAGCACCCAAUGCGCAGGCCCAAACGGAGGAGAUGGACCCGGAGGCGGCGGCGAUGCUCACGGAUGGGAUGACGCCGUUCGACGUGCUCAGCUCCGUUUUUGGCGCGACCCUUGCGCCGUCUGAGCUCGAAGAGGCAUUAGCGAACAAUGCGUAUGACUUCGAGAGGGCGAUGACGUGGCUCGUCGACCGUCAGAUGAACAAUCCUCCUGUUGCAAGCGGGCCGCCCCGAAUACAGUCGAUGGGCAAUAGAGUGGUGGUGGUAUCGAGAGAAGGGGCAGCAGGGGUGUUUAAAGGCGGCAGGGGUGGGUUCGCCGCCAACGUGCCAGCAAUGAGGAACGGUCAACGGCUUGUCAACGGUCGUCCGGUUCCUGGUGGGAAUAGAGUGUGCAGAUACUUCCUCGCAGGGGAGUGUUUGCGCGCCGAUUGUCGCUUCAGUCAUGACCUCGAACGAGCCCUUUGUAGGUUCUGGUUGCGCGGAACGUGUGCCAAGGGGGAGAACUGCGAGUUUCUGCAUCACCUCCCCAACGAUAUCGAUGUGUCCGGUCUCGCCCAUGCCAUGGGGCGUGUGGAAAUCAAUGCUACGACGCCAGAGCGCAGCGCCUCCCCCGAAGACUUCCCCUCACUCAAUCACGCAGCUAACACAGCAGAGCAGAACAGGAACGGACGUGGUGGGUAUCGCUACGGCCCCGGUAACAGCGCGUACGAUCCUGGACGCACGCGUUUCGCAGCGGCAGUCAAGAGGCCGGCACCCGUCGCUCUUCCAAACGGUCCUACGGUGCAGUCGCCAAAGGAUCCUGCACUCAUCCUCGCGCGCAGAGAGGCAAUGGGUCCCGCUGCCGAGCAUCCUACAACGAUCGUUGCGCCGAAGCCGUCGCCUCGCAUCAAGCUGCGUCCUCCGACUCUCCUGCCUACCCUCCCCACUGGAGAGUCAAUCAGCAACCUCUACAUGGCAUAUCGGUCUAGGGCGCUGCGUCUCGGAGCUGCCCGCAACGCCUGUCUCUCGCGCGCUGCGGAUGCGUGGAGGAGAGGCGACGGCGCCGCGGCGAAGCGCUUCAGCCGCGAGGGUCACGACUUGAAUGCGAAGAUGAGCGCCGAGAUGGUCGACGCAGCAGGUAAGCUCGUGCGCGAGCGGGCCAGGCUGGCAGAGCAGGCGGUGCGAUCCCGCGGUGCCAGUUGGUCAGAUGACUAUGGCGACCGCACGGCGCGCGGGCGCAUCUGUGGCGCAAAUUUGGGCGUAUGUCUGGGUAUCGCCAGCCAGAGCGUAGGCGGGGAGGCGACGAAGCUAACCCCCGAGGAGCGCACGGAGGUUAUGCUGGAUCUGCACGGGUUGCAUGCCGCAGAGGCUACAGAUGUGCUGGAAGAGUUCUUGCUUGCGCUGGAACGCGAACAUUUUUACGGCUUGGCCUAUCUCGUAGUUGGCGAAGAAAAGCAUACGGGGACGCAAGACCCUUCCCGCGGAGCUUCUCGACAACGUCUUGCGACUGGCGUGCGCGAAUGGCUGCACAUGUGGGGUUAUCCUUGGAGCGAACGCGACGGCGUGAUCUGCGUUGAUCCUCUCACCCACGGCUGAAUCACUAAUGAUCCCAAGGGCGCAGUCACGAUGCAGCAAGAGCGACUUCGCGAAGAACGAGUGAUAUGAAGGUGAAGAAGCAACCCCACUUUGUAUGGUUAGUGUAUGUAUAUAUCAGGGGAACGCGGAUGUAUGUAUAGAAAUGCUCGCAGUCGCCUGUGUAUGUCGUGGAAACGGUUGCUCGUCGAUGGAGG